AUGGACGGCUCCCACUGUUGUGCAAGUUGUGGAGCUGGGCUUGAGGUGGAGGAUGGCCACAAUCUGUGCCCUGCCUGCCUCGGACAUGACCACCUGGUGGAGGCCCUGUCCGAGAACUCUUGCAUGAAUUGUAUUUAUGUGCCCCGCGCAGUGAGAGUGGCUCGGCUGGCCCAAUUGGACCCCGAGCAUGAUUCUAGUCUCCCCCCUUCUGGUCAGGUGGCCGCACCUAGGCGCUCUAAGCGCAGGACUGCCACAGUCACUGUCGCCCCUUCUAAAAAGAGGCGGGUCAAACCUGAUCAGGGCCUUUCCAGGCAGGUUGCACAGCUGUUUGCAGAGUUGGCAGAAAUGAAAUCUCUUUUUCAGACACGCAGACAGCUGGGUGGACCAACAGGGUCCCCAACCAUGCCUGAGUUGACUAGGGAGGAGGACGUGCUGUCUUUGGCAGCCACUGCCUCUCACUUUAGAAGUGAGGAGGGGGCACAGUCGUCCCACGCUUCGGAGACGGGCUCACGCUGCUCGUCUCAGGGUGCUUCUAGUGCGUCAGUUACAGCUAGAUGUUCCAAAGGUGGAGGAGUCCACCCCGGCAAGUGCCUUUUUCAGAAGAGGGUGGGCCCCCACCCCACCCCCUUUUCGGUACCUCCAUCAGAGGAGUACCUGAGGGAGUUGCAUGCCUGUUGGCGAGACCCUAGGGCCUUUUUGCGCCUAAACACAGAUGGUUGGGUGUUGGCGGCUAUGCAUGAUGCGGUCAAGGAAAGCUUGGCUCAAAUGCCUUCGGUUGAACCUGCAGUUGCCUCGCUCCUUGUGCCACCGGAUGAGGCUCUGCAUCAUGAUGUUCGGUGCCCGUGGCCACAAUGUCGCAUUACAGAUGACUUCAUCUGUAAGGCUUAUAAUUCAGGAGCAUAUGCUGGCCGCCUUAGCAACUCCCUGGCACACCUCAUGUUUGCCCUUUCCGCAUCCCUUCAGGAUGCUAAUGGGACAAACACUGCCACCAGCUUUAGUGAUGCAGCGCUUCCUCAAGGUCAACUUAGCAAAGAGCUGCCUGAUUCCAUCGCAGGCAACAACUUUUCUUGGGGUGUUCUUGGACUCACCCUCCAUGACAGCCUACCCAUCUGUUCAGAGGGUGGACGAUGUUCUCCGGCACAUCAGUCAAUUCAGGCUGGGCAGGUGGCUUCCUUACCUUACCUUCCUGCAGCURCUAGGCAAACUGACCUCACUCACCCGGGUCGUGCCCUUAGGUCUGCUGUCACUGCACCCAUUUCAAAUGUGGCUCAGUGGKUUUCAUCUGGAUGCCAGGCUUCACAAGCAUCGCAAAAUUGUGGUGACGAGAUCUUGUCUGCGUACCUUGGACCCAUGGAGGGACAGAGCUUGUUUGUCCAAAGGUGUCCCUAUGGGGAUGGUUGUGUGUCGCAGGGAGGUGGUCACGACAGACGCCAGCUCCAUGGGAUGGGGGGCUGUGUGGCAGCACAGAGCAGUUCGGGGCCACUGGAGUCACCAGGAUCGUUCCAGACACAUAAAUGUGCUGGAGCUAAGUGCUGUGUUUCUAGCUCUCAGGCACUUCUUGCCCCACCUGGAGGGGAAUCUUGUCCUGGUUCGAUCGGACAACACCUCUGUGGUCUACCACAUCAACCAUCAGGGUGGCACCAGGUCUGCACAGCUCCUGAAGGUGGCCAGGGAUCUCCUGAGAUGGGCCUCCCCUCGCCUGUCCACUCUGUGGGCAGUUUACAUACCAGGGCAGAACAACUGGGCCGCAGACUCCCUUUCUCAGCAGGCACCUGCUCCAGGAGAGUGGUCUCUCCACAGAGACAUAGUGCGCAUGAUAUGGGAUCUCUACAGUCAGGCAGAAGUAGACCUGUUUGCCAGAGAAGAGUCGACUCAUUGCCCUCUGUGGUAUUCCCUUACGGGGGCAUCAGGCGCACUGGGCCAGGACGCCUUGGCACAUCCCUGGCCAAGAGUCCUUCUAUAUGCCUUUCCACCCCUUUCUCUGAUUUGGCCGACUCUUCAGAGAGUUCUCGAAGAGGGCCACAGGGUGCUGCUGAUAGCUCCGUAUUGGCCAGCACGACCAUGGUUCCCACUUCUACUGAGUCUGUGUCAAGACGCCCCAUGGUGUCUUCCAACCAGGAGGGACCUAUUGUCUCAGUUGGGGGGACUGAUCUGGCAUCCCAAUCCUCAACACCUCAGGCUGUGGGUGUGGCCACUGGGAGGCUUGAGC